AUGGCUCUCACCACCACCAGCUCCUCGUUCCUAUCGGUGCGGGGUAUCACCACCACCCUUGUCCUGCCUCUCCUCCUCCUCACGAGCUGCGGCCAAACCUCUGUUCUGCCCCGUCAGCAAGACAAAAAGAUCCUCCCUUGGGUCACUGUCGACGCCAACGGCGCAUUCAAGACAAUCACACCCACAGUCCAAGGUGGCAAGACCACAUCUGCAUUCCCUGGCAACACCGCGGUCCCGACCGCGGAUUCGAAUGGUGCGGGUGCAUUUUUGGUCUGCAAUGAAGAGACGGGAUCUCAUGGAGCGUACCAACCAUUCUGCGCACCUGAAAAUGGCGCUGAAGCAGAGGUUGGAAAGACAUAUUUCAUAACAUGGGAUGCCGGCUUCUUCCAACGGCCCGAAACCCAGGUCAUGCUGCAAGGCAACUACCUCUCCCCCGAUCCCGAUCCUGGCAUCGCCGACACGGGUUUCUCGUCUGAAAAGUUCGGAGCAUCAAAGGGAUUUUUCGCCUGGAGUCCCGGGGCCGGUGAUGUUGACCUCCCCGAGGUGAAGAGCACUGACGUGCGAUUUUUCCUCGCCUACCUUUAUCCCAACGGGACGAUCAGAGACAAGGAUCCAGGGCCAAAAGUCCUUCUGCAUAUAAGUGGAAAGGAGAAGGGCCAUAAAAAGAAUGUUACCGCCAUUGCCGUCGGCGUCGCAGUUGGCAUCGUUGUACUUGGCGUUAUUAUCGGUCUCGCCUGGUUUUUCCUCAAGAAGAGGGUCAAGCUUGGAGGGUCACGAAACAGCGGGGGGUAUGGUGUUAGGCGGAGUAAGACUCAGAGAUCGGCGGGCAUUGCCCUUGAUGCAUCGCCAUCUUUCCAAAGGGAGGAUGUUGACUUUUCUCGGGCCGCUGGGAGGAAUGUGUUCCGCGAAGAGGUGGCUCGCCAAGACAAGGGCACUGGGUAUUAA